AUGGAGGAGUUGGCAGAUAUAGAAGAAGAAAUAGAGUUGUUAUUAGGUUUGUUUAAUUUUAGUGCACCUGUUGAUAUAGAUAUUCGUUUCAAUGGAGAAGAAAAUAGGAAAUUAGUAGAAGUUAAAGUUGAUAAAGAUAGGCGUGAAAAGUUCCCUUUAUACUUUGAUGGCGAGACUGUUGCUGGUAAAAUAACGAUUAGACCAAGAGAUGGUAAAAAGAUUGAACAUCAAGGAAUCAAAAUUGAAUUUGUUGGGAAUAUUGAACUUUUUUAUGACCGUGGUAAUCAUUAUGAGUUCACUUCAUUAGUCCAAGAAUUAGCGGUACCAGGUGAAUUGAGACAUCCGCAACCUUAUGAAUUUGAAUUCAAAAAUGUCGAAAAACAAUAUGAAAGCUAUCAUGGAAUAAAUGUUAAAUUGAGAUAUUUUGUAAGAGUUACAAUUUCAAGACGUUUAACAGAUAUUGUGAAUGAAAAAGAUAUAUGGGUUUAUUCAUAUCGUAUGCCACCAGACAGCAAUAGUUCUAUUAAAAUGGAAGUUGGUAUCGAGGAUUGUUUACACAUAGAAUUUGAAUAUAAUAAAUCAAGAUACCAUCUUAAAGAUGUGAUUGUUGGAAAAAUUUAUUUCUUACUUGUGCGUAUAAAAAUUAAACACAUGGAAUUAUCGAUUAUUCGUAGAGAAACAACUGGUGCAGCUCCAAAUCAAUAUAAUGAAAGUGAGACAAUUACAAAAUUUGAAAUCAUGGAUGGUGCACCAGUUAGAGGAGAGACUAUUCCUAUUCGUUUAUUUCUGGGAGGUUUUGAAUUAACUCCAACUUUUCGUGACGUGAAUAAAAAAUUUUCUACUCGUUAUUAUUUAAAUCUUGUACUUGUUGAUGAAGAAAAUAGAAGGUAUUUUAAACAACAAGAAAUCACGAUUUAUAGAAGAAAAGACGAUGGACUUUCACCAAAUGAUCCUAAAUAA